AAUGAUUGUUUUCCACCUUAUAUAUAAUGUCUUCUGUCGAUGUCUACAACAAUGCCAAUGAGGCACUAAAAACUCUUUCCAACUUAUGGCAAGCUAUGUUACAGCUAAUUUCAGCAGUGUCCGAUGCCUCAGCUUCCUCUUUAACAGUAGAACCUGAUUUAGUCAAACACCAAAAAUCUCGUAAAGAAUAUGAAGAAUUGAAAACUUCUCUUAAUGCAACAAUAGCUUGGUUAGAGAAGAAUAAAUUAACAGAUUUAGACAAGAACAAAGAAAGUAAAGAAUUAACUAACAGCCUACAACAGCAUGCUGAAUUACAGGAGGAAUCUAGUGCAGUAUCCGAUAAGUUAAAGAAAAUGCUUAAUCAGUCUUAUGCUCUUCAGUUUCAAAUGGAGAUGCUCUUCACGUCUUCACAGGACAUUAGCUUAAAUUGAUAAUAGAAUAAAAUAUAAACUGUAACUUACUCCCUCCAUACGUUUAGAGCAAGGCACCAGGCUGUGAGUACUCGUCCCUCUAUCAUUUAUAGCAAUUCAGAACAAGCUAAUGAGAAACUGAGACAAAUAAC